CACGUUCCCAUCUCCGCAUUCUGAAUGGUCGUCAUCUAUCUUCACAAAGCUCACUUCAUUUCGAUUGCAGUCGAGAGGCCAACUCCUUGGCGCCACUAUCAACUCCUCCCCAAUGGCCUUUGCAACUCCAAUCUCAGCGUCUCUCUCCCUUUCCUUUAGUGAUGUUCGAGCUUUUAGCUCAGCCAUGGCCAAAGCCCCUGCUGCAAUUCCUCGGCCUCCUCUUUCUAAAUGCUCACCAACUGGGUCCUCCUUCUCUACCGGUUCUCCGCUCUUGAUACGAAGAACUUAUUGUCAAAAGAAGCCUGCCCUCAAAGCUAUGCGACCAUUUUCCAUCAGAUGUGAGCAAAGUAGCAAGGAGGCAAACGGUACUGUGGAUGUAUGGCUAGGCCGGCUUGCAAUGGUUGGCUUUGCAGCGGCUAUUAGUGUUGAAAUAGCAACAGGCAAGGGACUCCUGGAGAUCGAAAUGCUAUUGGAUUUAUGGGACACGCUGCAUAAAAUCCAGCGGGUCCAACUCCAACUCAAGAUUGACUCACCAGAAUUACCAGCUCUUAGAGAAUUUUGGGCUCACAUCUCCCCUGCCUACAGUAGCCUUGGCAGUUACCGGAUUGGUGGUCGUUUUAACUGCGAUUUUUAUCUUCCAGUCUGCUUCAAAAGAUUGAUCGCGUUUCAGCUAGGUUGCUUCAUUUUGUUAAGUUUCCAAUUCUUAAAAAAUCUAAUAGAUUGCGUUUUUCUUCUUUUGUUAUGUAAACUGUAUGCAAAGGCCAGUGCCAGUUUUUAGGCAUUAACAAUGGGUGAUUGUAUAAACAAUUUUAAUAGUACGGCAAUUUCGAAA